AUGUCUGGGGGUGGUGCCAGCUCACCCCUGAGCCCUCUGGGGGUGUGUGGGGAGCUAUUGCUGUGUCCCCUGACCCGCUGUCUCCCGCAGGGCUGGCUGGGUGCCCUGGCACUGCUGGGCGUGCUGGUGCUGUGCCGGGGGCUGCGGCGCCCUGGGGGUCCCCCGCACUCCCACCCCGUGCUGUGCUACAGCGGCGCCGAGCUGGGGGACGAGGCCCCCGCGCAGCUCCUGGGGCGCAGCCUGCGCUGGGACCGCUACGUGCCCGUGCAGCUGGUGCCACAGCUGGAGCAGCUGGAGAGCACCAGGCACCGGCGGCACCGGCGGCACCGCCCGCACGGCUGCCCCGCGCUGCAGAGCCGUGCCAGCCUCCGCAGCGAACCCAACGAGCGCUCCAUCUCCCCGUGGCGCUACCGCAUCGACGAGGACGAGAACCGGUACCCGCGCAAGUUGGCCUUCGCCGAGUGCCUGUGCAGCGGCUGCGUGGAUGUCAAGACCGGCCGGGAGACGACGUCGCUCAACUCAGUGACCAUCUACCAGACCAUGAUGGUGCUGCGGCGCAAGCCCUGCCCACACCCCACCGGGCUGGGCCUCGUCACCUUCGAGGUGGAUUAUAUCAAGGUGCCCGUGGGCUGCACCUGCGUCCUGCCCCGCACCAGGCGCUGACCCUCCCCUGCUCCCGUGGAGCCCCCGUAGUGUGACCGUGUCACCGCAUCCCCCUCACCCGUGCUUGUUUUAGAGCACCCACCCACAGCCAGGGCAUCCUCCCAGCCCCUCACCUCAUUAUUUAUGAG